GGUGUGGCUAGACUUAAUUCAAAUCUAAAAAUUUCUUGAUUUGACCGCCUCUGAAAAACUUUACGAAUUGUCGAUGUGACGCAACAAACUCUUUCAAGAGUUUGCUCGCAACGUUUAACAGUGGACGAUACCCCUGAAGCGUUGCCUUCAAUACCUUGCGAAUGGUGUCAGCCCUCCCUCAAUAUAUGUGACUAUCGCCCUAAUACACUGAAGUCCCAGUGGUUGGAAAAUCUCAUUUUCUUUCCUACUAACAAAUCGUUUGAAUAAUUAAAUGAAUAAUUCAAAACAAAAUAGCCCAGUAAUAGAUGUAGUUAACUUUUCCCAAAACUUAGACUAAAAUAGGAGUUCCUAAAAUUUUUUGAUAGUAGCUGUCUUAGGAUGUGGAAUUUUCCUCACAGCAUAUGAGAGUGCGCUAGGUUACGUUUCGCGUAAUGACUUUCUGUUAGAAUACAUUAGUUUACACUAAUUUGCGAUUCCAAUACCUCUCUUUUUGAGUUUGAACUACAAUGGGUUACUUUGAAGAAGAUUUCCUCGUGACAUUUUAUUUCUAUGAUUUGAGGACUCAGUAAUCCCCAAAACAAGCUGGAAUUUCGGAGUUUUUGUUUCACUUGCCCGAGAUUCUAUUGCAGCUUCUCCAGCUUUUAAAGAGUAGACGAGGAUCAUCGCAAAAUCGGAUAGAGUGUGGUUCAAGGUAAUGAAAUAACAAUAGGUUGGUAUUAAGGUAACUCCCUGUCAUUCUAAUAUAUAUCAAGAUGAACGUGAUGAUCAUAUUGUUGAAGUUCUUCAUAAACAGUUUUCUGUACUGUAGAUGUUUAUAGUGAUAUUUAAAAACAAUCUGGGUUCGUGAAAGUGGAUAUUCUUAACAACCCUUCAACUCUCAUCCUAACCAGAGUUCUGAAUAGCGAAGCUUUCGAGAUAAUGGGAAUUAAACGUAAAUUCUUCGAGAAUUUGGUCUAUGCUGUAAAAUAGAUGUUUCACUUAUCCAGUCAGCUGUACUGGCGCUGCUGGCCACUCCUGAAAUUUAGUUCUAAAAGUAAAUGGUUAUGACUGACCACGCUUAUGGUUUAGUUGUAUAUUUAUAUUCACCAAUCCAUUUCAUAUCUGAUUCGCAUCACGUCCUGAAUACCCACCUAUGUUUCUGUACAAUAGGUUUAUUGUCUUUUCCAGCGGAUUUGAUCCAAAGAUGACUCACUGAAAAACUCCAAAUUGCUGCGCACUAAUGUCUGUUGGUAUCGUUUAUGGUGAUCAGUAUAGACAGCUGUGUUGUAGCUCACCUAAGUUUGGCGACAGAUACGCCCUGGUCAUGGAUUUAAUCAAUGCAUACAAACUCAUUCCAGAACUUUCUCGUGUGCCUCCCUUACAGUGGGAUUCACCUAAUCGCAUGUAUGAAGCAGUGACUGCCUUUCACUCUAAAGAAUAUGUUGAUGCUCUUAAAAAAUUACAAAUGCUACACGUUGAGGAGAAAGAAUUGACUUCUGAUGACGAGUUGCUUAUGGAUUCAUUUAGUCUGAAUUAUGACUGCCCUGGUUUUCCUAGUGUUUUCGAUUAUUCGUUAGCUGCUGUUCAAGGUAGUUUAGCUGCAGCUAAUGCUUUAAUCUGUCGUCAUUGUGAGGUCGUUAUCAACUGGGGCGGUGGGUGGCAUCAUGCCAAAAGAAGUGAAGCUUCUGGAUUUUGCUAUCUGAAUGAUGUUGUUUUAGCCAUCCAUCGACUGGUCUCAUCAACUCCAUCAGAAAUUUCGCCCAACAGACAGACACGAGUAUUGUAUGUUGACCUUGAUCUUCAUCAUGGUGAUGGAGUAGAAGAAGCUUUCUGGUAUAGUCCUCGUGUAGUUACGUUUUCUGUACAUCAUGCCUCUCCUGGUUUCUUUCCCGGUACAGGAACCUGGAAUAUGGUCGAUAAUGAUAAAUUACCGAUUUUCUUAAAUGGCGCUGGUCGUGGCAGGUUCUCAGCAUUCAAUUUGCCGUUAGAAGAAGGCAUCAGUGAUUUGGACUGGUCAAAUGCUAUUGGCCCUAUACUUGAUUCUAUUAACAUAGUUAUUCAACCAAGUUAUGUUGUAGUUCAAUGUGGAGCUGAUUGUUUAGCUACUGAUCCACAUCGAAUAUUCCGUUUAACUAAUUUUUAUCCUAGUUUCAAUUCAGAUUGCGACCCAGAAUGUAGUUUGAGUGGCUAUUUGUACGCUAUUAAGAAAAUUUUAUCAUGGAAAGUUCCAACAUUGAUACUUGGAGGUGGUGGCUAUAAUUUUCCGGAUACAGCAAGACUAUGGACAAGAGUUACAGCUCUGACAAUUGAAGAAGUUAAGGGUAAAAAGAUGACACUUUCCCCUGAAAUUCCAGAACAUUCCUACUUUUCUCGUUAUGGUCCGGAUUUCGAACUAGACAUUGAUUAUUUUCCACACAAAAGUCAUAACAAAACACUUGAUAGUAUACAGAAACAUCAUCGACGUAUUCUCGAACAGUUGUGUAAUUAUGCUGAUUUAAAUAAAAUGAUUUAUGAUUAUGAUAAAGUGUAUCAAUUAUAUAAUUUAACUGAUAUGUAAAGUGAAGCUAUGGAUUCAUCCUCUGUUCACCAUGGAUUUAUUUCUCCAAACUUUUUAGUGGUGUUAUACUGCAGUUUUAUCUCUGUAAAUAAAAAUACAUAUAUGCUACUAUCAUCA